AUGGGGAAUCCUAGAGGUUUGGGGCUCUAUCUCAUAUUCGUAAGUGUUUUCUUGUUUGCAAACAGUUGUUCUUGUUUGGGUGUUGAAAAUACUAGCAUCGUUUGCAUUGAGCAAGAGCGACUUGCUCUUCUCAACUUCAAACAGAGUGUCAUAGAUUCUUCUGGAAUGUUGUCAUCAUGGGUUGGCAAUGAUUGUUGCAUGUGGGAAAGAGUCCAUUGUGACAAUGUCACCGGAAACAUUAAAAGCCUUCAUCUCAGAGGAAGCACAGGAUGGUUAGUUGGUGAUGAGGUGAGCUUUUCUUUGGCAGAGUUGAGGCAUCUCAGUUACUUGGACUUGAGUUGGAAUGAUUUCGGAGGAAGCCAAAUCCCUGACUUCAUUGGAUCCUUCAAACACCUGAGCUACCUCAAUCUCUCUGAUGCUGGUUUUCAAGGUAUUAUUCCUCAUAACAUAGGAAAUCUUUCUAGUUUAAAGUUUCUUGAUAUCAGUUCAAACAAUGAGCUGGUGGCAGAUGAUAUGGCAUGGACUUCUGACCUUUCGUUACUCGAGCAUCUCAAUUUGAAUUAUGUGGAUCUUAGUGGAGCACAAAACUGGGAAAUGGUGUUUUACAUGAUUCCUUCGUUAAGAGAGUUAAGUUUGAAAUUUUGUAGGCUUUCCAACAUUGAUCUUUCUCGUUCUCUUAAUUCGAGUAGAAUACUUCCCAACUUCAAACACUUGGAUCUUAGUUUCAAUGAUUUCAAAGGUCCAUUCCCAAACUUUUUCCAAAACACGACAUCCCUAGUAUUCCUGGAUCUUGGUUCCAAUUCUUUCAAUGGUUCACUCCCAGACUUUUUACAAAACACAACAUCCCUAGUAUUCCUGGAUCUUCACUUCAAUUCUUUCAAUGGUCCACUCCCAAGCUUUUUACAAAACAUGAAAUCCCUAGUAUUCCUGGAUCUUGGCUUCAACUAUUUCAAAGGUCCACUCCCUGGCUUUUUCCUAAACAUGAAGUCCCUAACAUUCCUUGAUCUUUCAGGCUUUGAUCUUGGUUCGACAUUGAACUUUGCAAAGUUGCUAAACAUGAUCCCUUCCAUUUCAGAGUUGCAUUUGUCACGUUGUGGGCUCCAUAACAUGCAUCUAUCUCCCUCUCAUCUUAAUUUCAGUACCCUUGCUAAAAUCCAACACCUGGAUCUUAGCUAUAAUUCAAUUGGAGGUACCUUUCCAUCUUUUUUAACAAACGUGAGUUCCCUAAGAGUCCUUGACCUUUCUGGAAACAUGUUGAAUUCAUCGGUUCCUAUUAUACCUAACCUUCUGGAGCUUGAUCUUUCUUCUAACCAGUUUAAGCAGAUUGAGCAUGUUGGAAUCUGGCGACAGUGUCACCUGAAAAAAUUGAGUGUGUCAGACAAUUAUUUCCGUAUAGAAAUGAUUGACUCAACGAAAAAUGUAUCAGAAUGCUCCAAAUAUGCUUUGGAGAGGUUGAUUUUACAUGGGAGUUUAAAUGGUACAGUUCCCAAACAACUUGGAAGACUGAAGAAUUUAAGAGAGAUAGAUCUAUCGUUCAACAGAUUCACAGGUUCAAUCCCCAAAUCAUUAAGAAGAUUAAGAUUUCUAGAAGUACUAUAUAUGUCGAGAAGCCACUUAACAGGCCCCAUUCCAACCUUCCUUGGGAAUCUUAACACGCUUGAUCUUUCUUUUAAUCAACUAAAUGGUUCAAUUCCAAAAUCAUUUGGACAACUAUCAGGUUUAAAAUAUUUGAAUUUGGAAUCCAAUCGGUUAACGGGCCCCAUCCCAACAUCUCUAGUAGGACUUGUUUCACUACAAUCUCUUGAUGUGUCUUCAAAUAUGUUAAAUGGAACGAUUCCGGUUUCAAUUGGGCAACUUGUGAAACUCUAUGCGCUAGAUAUCUCAAACAAUUCCUUAGAAGGAGUAGUUUUUGAAGCCCAUUUUGCCAACCUUUCGAAGUUGAAGGAGUUGGAUACUUCUUCCAACACUAGGUUGACAUUCAAUAUUUCACGUGAGUGGUUGCCUCCAUUCGUGUUGAAGUCUCUUGACCUCAGUUCUUGCAUUAUUGCAAAUGGAUUUCCACAGUGGCUGCGAAAUCAAAGGGAACUUAAGACGUUAAGGUUGUCCAAUGCUACAAUUUCGGGACCUCUGCCUACAUGGUUGCAAAAGAUGCCAAUCAUUCCUUUCUUAGAUCUUUCUUACAACAAACUCCACGGACCUUUGACAAACCUUCCCAAUGGAGGAAAUUUUAGUCUAAAUAGAUAUGAUUAUGAUAUCAGGUCACUAUUCCUGGAAAACAACCUUUUCAAUGCAUCGAUUCCAAGGUCAUUAUGCAAAAGGACAGAUCUGAAAUAUCUUGAUCUUUCGAGAAAUAGGUUAACCGGGAAAAUUCCCAAGUGCCUCGGGAAUCUUCAAGAGUUGCAUACCAUGAUAUUUAGUUCAAAUCGACUUUCUGGUGUCAUUCCGGGUUCCUUAGCUCUUAAUUCAUCAUUAUACCGAUUAAAAUUGAAUGACAAUAACUUCAUUGGCGAACUUCCUUUAGAAUUGGGGAAUUUACGAAAUCUAGAAGUCUUAGAUUUGGGUGAUAAUCAAUUACGAGGAAACAUACCCGAAUGGGUUGGAGAAAGCCUUAAAAAUUUGAUGGUUUUAAGGUUACACAAAAAUAACUUCACUGGUCGAAUUCCUCGAUCUUUGUGUAAAUCUUCAAAUCUUCAGAUUUUGGAUGUUGCAUACAACAACUUGAUGGGAAGCAUACCUGAUUGUCUAGAAGAGUUGAAUGCCAUGAAAUACGAUUAUUCUAACCCAUACUAUCGGCGUCCUAAAGACAAUGUGAUUCAGGUCAUGAAAGGUGUUGAUCUUGAAUAUACAAAAACAUGGGAUUUACUUUUUAACAUGGACCUUUCAAGCAAUAAACUUUCAGGAGAAAUCCCGAUCAAGUUAACUGCACUUGUUUUGUUGAUGGGUUUCAACCUGUCUAAUAAUCAUCUCGGUGGUGGCAUUCCAUAUAACAUUGGAAACAUGAAGAAGUUAUUUUCUCUUGAUUUAUCUAGAAACGAGUUGACCGGGACGAUCCCUCCAAGCAUGGCAGCUUUGACUUUUUUGAGCCAUUUGAAUUUGUCAUACAACAACUUGUCGGGACCCAUUCCAACAGGAAACCAGUUACAGACCCUGGAUGAUCCAUCAAUAUAUAUGGGAAACAAAGAUCUAUGUGGAGCUCCAUUGCCCAAGAAAUGCUCUGAUUUUGAAGACCCAACAAAAAAGCACAAGAAGAAACACAAAACAGCUAAGGAGCGUGUAGAGGUCUGGUUGUUUUACGUGGACAUAAUGAGUGGUUUUGUGACAGGGUUUUGGGGUGUUAUUGGAGUUUUGUUGUUCAAGAAGGAGUGGAGAUGGAAGCUUUUCAGGUUUGCUGAGGAAACCAUGGACAAGAUAUAUGUUGCAGUGGUCAGAGUUGCCAAGAGAGGAAAAGAAGCCGCAUAA